GCCACUUCCGCUUCCGCCGGGGAGGUCCCCCAUGCGCAGUCAUGAGUCGCUUCAAGUUUAUCGAUACUGGUAUCAACUUGACUGACCCUAUGUUCAGAGGAAUUUAUAGGGGGGUUCAAAAGCAUCAAGAUGACUUACAGGAUGUAAUAGGGAGAGCUGUCGAGAUUGGUGUUAAAAAGUUUAUGAUUACAGGUGGAAAUCUACAAGACAGUAAAGAUGCACUGCAUUUGGCACAAACAAAUGAUAUGUUUUUCAGUACAGUUGGAUGUCAUCCUACAAGAUGUGGUGAAUUUGAAAAGAAUAACCCUGAUCUUUACUUAAAGGAGUUGCUAAAUCUUGCUGAAAACAAUAAAGGGAAAGUUGUGGCAAUAGGAGAAUGUGGACUUGAUUUUGACCGACUGCAGUUUUGUCCCAAAGAUACUCAACUCAAGAGCCAUGUUGAAUGGUGGCUGCUGAGAAAACUCCAAAGCUCACGACCCUGCAGGACUUCCUGUAACCCAUUGCCUGGAGCUAAAUUUGGAGCUCCUGUCAUCAUACUGGUGGAUAUUUUGAAAAACAGUUUGAACUGUCAGAACAAACAAAAUUACCAAUGUUUCUUCAUUGUCGAAACUCACAUGCUGAAUUUUUGGACAUAAUGAAAAGAAAUAGAGAUCGGUGUGUAGGGGGAGUGGUGCAUUCAUUUGAUGGUACCAAGGAAGCAGCAGCUGCUUUGAUUGACUUGGAUCUUUAUAUAGGAUUUAAUGCAUUAUGUAUACAUAUACACGUCAUAUCUGACUAUGGACGAACGGUUUAUUCUGUGACAGUCAUACAUCUCUGCAGGCAAAGAAACCGAGGCUCAAAGAAAUUAGGAAACAGCUCACUGAAAACUGAAGCUAAUUUGGAAGUUUUGAAGUCAAUUCCUAGUGAAAAAUUAAUGAUUGAGACAGAUGCACCUUGGUGUGGAGUCAAAAGUACACAUGCUGGAUCAAAAUAUAUAAGAACUGCAUUUCCUACCAAAAAGAAGUGGGAAAGUGGGCACUGCUUAAAAGACAGAAAUGAACCCUGCCAUAUAAUGCUGGAAUGCAAUGGCGUGAUCUUGGCUCACUGCAACCUCUGCCUCCCAGGUUCAAGCGAUUCUUCUGCUUCAGCCUCCCAAGAAGCUGGGAUUACAGACACUUCACGAUCCUGUGGACCCUCGGGUGCAGCAGAAGUGACAACAUACAAGUACUCGGCAUUUGGUAAUAAAGGGAAACUGAGGCCCACGCCUUGGCAGAAGUCCAAGGUCACACACGACGAGACUGGGAUAGCAGAGUUGUUUUUCGAAGGCUGUCGCAUAGGACGCGGUAAGCCAGUACUCAUUUCCCAAGACAAACGGGCAAAGAGCUGCAUGCUCACACAUCCUUACUUUCUCCCCACCUCACUCAGGUACAACACUGAAUCCUCGCUAGGGGGACUGCUCCGCUGUCAACUCAGACAAGUAUCAUCUCCUUCCCCCUCCCAACCCGUAAAGACGACCCUUUGAGGGAUGAAACUGUAGUUCCCAAAGACACAUACUCGACCCAUGGCCUCUGCGCGCCUGCCCGCUCCCCGGGGAACG